AUGACAAAAAUACUCCCUGUACUGCAAGCAGUAUGCAGAUUUAAUGCUGGACAACGAACCGCAUUAGGACUAGCGAAAGGUGUUGAUGAUGGAAGAACUAAUAUCAUUUCGGUAAAUGUUGAAACGGGCUCGAAAAGUAUUAUGCAGCUAAAGGAUACCGGUGCGAAGAAAGUGCGAUUGAAAUACAACGGACUUUUGCCACAAAAAGCAAUUUUUGGCCUGUGGAAUGCACUCACAAAGUGUUCUAGAAACCCGAAAAUUCUACAGUCUCAAGCUGAUCAGUUAAAAGAAGGGCUGAGUCAGCGUCAAUUUCCGGCGUCACCAAAGGAGGUGCAAGAAGCACGUCAUGAAAUUAAGAAAAUGUUGGAAGCCGAAGGUGGAUUACCGGAUCGCAGUUCUGUCAGUCAGAAAGUUCUGGAAGCAUUGGAUUUGGAACUGAAAAAGAAAGUAGGUAAAUUGCUACGCAACGCGAGAUAUAACUGGAAACCACUGGACUUUAAAACGCGCGAGCAUGCUGCAGCUUAUACCUUAGCCAGGCUUGCACCUAACUAUGCAGAAGUUCGUUUUGUCUUACAAGAAUUUGUAAAUAAUGAAUACAUCCCAAAAACAGUUUUGGACUACGGAAGUGGUUCUGGCGCUGCAUUUUGGGCAGCAUUCGAACAGUGGGGAGAACAAGUCAAAAGUUAUCAGCUGAUCGAUCCAAAUGAAGAAAUAAAUCAGUUUUGCAUGGACGUUUUAAGGGGCAAUGGUGAAAACAGUGGGCAUCCAUUUGUGCAUCCAAAUAUUAGCUUCCGAAAAUUUGUGGCUCCAUCGUUAAAUAACACUUUUGAUGUUAUAAUUGUGCAUCGUCUUCUUGCUGAAUUGGCUUCUGAGGAAUCACGUACUGAGUUGCUAAUAGAUUUAUGGAAGCGAACAAACAAAUAUUUGGUAAUGAUUGACGGAAGCUGUAAAGGUGGCUAUAACGCUUUAAUGGAAGCCAGAGAUUAUAUCCUUAUGGGUGGCUGUGAAUUGCAUCGAGAACAAACUCGACAAGUCCUGAUGGAAGCAGGAGUAUUGAAUGAAGAAGCAGACAGUAUCUUGACUGAUCAACAAUUAUCCAACUAUAUGCGUUACAAUCUUAUUAAAAAUAUGCUUCCACCAAACACAGUUUUGCCAACCAGAUUGGAACCUGGAUAUGUAUUUGCUCCAUGUCCACAUGACCAGGGAUGCCCGAAAAAUGUGGAAAAAGAAAAAGAUGUAUGCAGUUUCUCAACUCAGUGGAAUGUAUUGCGGGCUGAUGGGCGGAAGCAGAUUUCUAGUACCGAGACGGGAUCAUUCACAUAUGUUAUUAUGGCCAAAGGAGCAAGAUCUCAUCACAUACCUCAAAACAGACUUCUGACGUUAAAGCGUCGCGGGAGACAUGUGUGCUGCACGGUUUGUACACCAUUUUGCGGAAUACAGCGGUUUACAGUAUCGAGAAGUAUGGGCAAACUUUAUAAAAUAGUCAGAAAUGUUAAGAUGGGUAGAGUGCUUCCAGUUGAGAUGAGAAGUGUAGGUUCUGAUUCGGAGUUCGAUGUGUAUGAAGAAGCGGUGCAAAAAUUUACAGAGGAAAAGUGCGUCUCUGAGAUAUAA